GGAGUUGCCGAGGCGCCCAACGUGCCAGCGCAGGGGAUGAAAUGCUUGGGGCUGUGGCUCGAGAACGCCGAUCACACGAACGACAAGCUCGAGGAAGUGUGGAACCCGGCUAAGACUAAGGAGAAGGCCGUCGUCCCCGGCAAGCCCGACGUCCAGGGCGACUUGAGCCGCGACCCCGUCGGGCCCACGUCGUUGUUCGACCUGCCCAUCAAGCAAUGGAUCUACAAGCCGAGGCAAUACAUUAGGGACGCUGUCGACGUGAUCACGGACACCGCUGGCUUGGACGCCGUGGCGUGGGAUGAUGUAAAAAAGAUCAUGGCAGAGGGUAGGUACAAAGACUUGCCACCCCCGCUCGGCUACAAUGACACUGAGGACGCGCUGCCUUGCACGCUGAACAUCAUGAUUUGCAAGCAUCCCUCACAACCAGGGUCACACGUCAUUGCGAAGCACUUUUCGUUUCUCGGAAAUGGCCACACCAUGUGCACGGUCAAGGAGAAACUCAUCCAGGGCGACCCUUGCACGAUCGAUUACAAGCCAGAUACGUUCAACAGUUUGCGCACGUUCCAACUUAUGGUCGAGCGGCUCGGUGGGCCAUUGUUCCGCUAUUGGAGGUUCGAACGCAAAGGUUCGCUGAGCGUGCCUCUCGGAGAUGGCGACGUGGUGCAGGAGAAGAAGGAGUUCGCCGACGCGAUGCAGCACGUCAAAGACGAGGCGCCGCGCACGAAUUGGGACGGCGAGCAGUUGUUAUGGGCGGAGCAGGAAUACGUCGACCCAGCUUCCACGCUCCAACACGUGAAGAAAGAGUUCGUUUGUAAGGUCCUCCAGAUUCUCAAGGACCGCGACCACUUCGCGGCCAAGGAGACGCACUACCCCCUGUUGAAGGGGGACAUUCGGCCCGAGUACCAGCCCGUCGUUGACAAGAUCAUCAGCACGCUUCUCGGCAACACCGUCCUCCUGAUUGGCGAGGCCAAGUUCGGGAAGACCCCUCUGGUGUAUAUUAUGGCCAUGGCGCUGGCCAGGUACCAUGCAGUCGGAGAGACGUGGGCCCCCUGCGUCUUCGACGACGGGGACCUGGCUGACCAGAGGCCCCGCGUGCUGAAGGCGUUGUUCGACCCAACCCAGGUCGAGUCAAAUGUAUACGUCCGUUGGGGCGCGGCUAAAUUCAAAAGGAACCAAGCGAGGUUCGGCGGCGACAACGAGUAUGAUGCCGCUGCGGAGCCGACGCCGACUGAUUGGGCCUUCGCCGCGACUGCAAGGGACAAGGAGACCCGCACUACGUCCUACCUCGUCGAGAUGGCCAAGCCCGCGUUCCCAAAGAACCUCUCCCCGAGCAACAUUGGCGCCAUGCUCAAACGUUGCAACAUCCUUCUCAACACGACGCAGAACGUUUACUUCCGCCCAGCGGGCACGCUCGCGUUCGUUGAGAAGCUGCCUCUCAAGGACGGCUACAUCACGCCUGAGGCGGGCACGUGCCUCCAGAACUUCUUGCGGAACAACGUGCGGCGCAACCAGGAGGACUUCGACAACCUCUUGGCUUUCGAGAAGCGCGACAUGUUGAAGCUCAUGAGGGAGGCCAAAGCGCAGUAUAACCAGGGCGGGGCCGAACCCGCCGAGGAGCCCGCCGCGGAGCCCGCCGCGGUUUCGCCGCAGCCCGCUGCGCCGCCCAAUCCCGAUGGGGAAGAGCUCGGCUUGGGCUCAACGUUCCAGGAGGGGGAGGACGUAUUUGGCCACGGCGGCGGCAUGGACGCCGCGCCAGAGGCGAUGCCAGCCACCCCACCGACCAAGCCAGUGAAGGCGGAGCCAGGCGUGUGGAGGCGUAAGUUGAGCAGCGGUGGCGGACUUAUCAAUCUGUGCUCUCCGUCACCGAAGAAGGCCCGCGUGGACGCCAAGAAGUCUCGGGAGCAAGAGAAGGCCAAGCUUGACGGCUUGAUCUCGCAGUUCUCGGAUGGCGUGGCAAGCGGCGCCGCGUCGAGCUCGUGA